AUGGGGACAGAGGUUGUCAGCUGUGUGUCUGUGUAUCAGCCCCUGGAUGGGAAUAAAAAGCACAUUCUUGCCCCAGCCUAUCUCUAGCCUCAGCUCCCAGACAGGCAUAGAGCUCUCAUGGUGCUCUGGGUGAUUCUUCUCUGCACCUUAACGUCAUUGCUGCUCGCUGGGCUCUAUGUCCUGGGUGUGUUUCGGAGACGGAGACCUAAUGAGCCGCCCCUGGAAAAAGGUACGAUUCCCUGGCUGGGUUACCUGAUGGAUUUCAGAAAGGACAGUUCAGAGUUUCUGAAAAGGAUGCAAAGAAAACAUGGCGAUAUUUUCACAGUGCUGGUCGGUGGCUAUUACUUCACCUUUGUGAUGAAUCCCUUCUGCUUUGGCAGCAUCGUGAAGGAAUCACGAUCUAAACUAGACUUUAGGACUAUUGCAUCUCAACUGGUCCUGAAGGUUUUUGGCUACAAGCCCAUCGAAGCCAACCAUAGCAUAGUGCAUGCAGCAAGCAUUAAGCAUCUGAUGGGAGAGGGACUCACUGUCCUGACACAAGCCACCAUGGAGAACUUUCAGAAGCUGAUGCUUUUCAAUCUGAGCUCAGAAAAGGAGAAGCGAGUAUGGCAGGAGGACAACCUCUUCCACUACUGCUACAACAUUGUUUUCAGAGCUGGGUACCUGGCUCUGUUUGGCACGGAGCCACACCGAGGGGCAGGUAGCAAGGAGAAAGCUGAAGAGCAAGAUCGUGUGCACUCCAACCAGCUGUUCCAUGAGUUUCGGAAGUAUGACCGCCUUUUCCCUUGCUUGGCCUUUGCUUUGUUGCCUCCCAAGGACAAAAGAGAAGCUGAACAGUUGAAGAGGCACUUCUGGAGCAUGCUGUCUGUGAAGAAGACCUGGCAGAAGGACAAUAUCAGUGGGUGGAUCAGUGAUCAAGAUCAACUUCUGGCAGAAAACGGUGUCCCUGAGUACAUGAGGGAUCGUUUCAUGUUCAUGCUCCUCUGGGCAUCCCAAGGCAAUACAGGCCCAACUGCCUUCUGGCUCCUGUUGUAUCUCCUGAAACAUCCAGAAGCUCUGAAAGCUGUGAGAGAUGAGGUAGAUAAAGUCUCAAGGGAGAAUGGGCAGGAAGUUAAGGCAGGGAGCCCACCAAUCACCAUCACUAGGGACAUGUUAAACCAGACGCCUCUUCUGGACAGUGCUCUGGAGGAGACCCUGAGGCUGGUUGCAGCCCCGAUGCUAGUCAGAGCUGUCGUCGAGGACACCAGCAUUAAGACAAGCAGUGGGACAGAGUACACUCUCCGCAAAGGAGACAGGGUGGCUCUGUUCCCACACAUCUCUGUGCAGAUGAACCCAGAGAUCCACGAUGACCCUCACAAAUUUAAAUACGACCGUUUCGUAAACCCAGAUGGCACCAAGAAAGAGUUCUACAAAAACGGGAAGAAGCUGAAAUAUAUCAACAUGCCUUGGGGGGCAGGAGUAUCCACCUGUCCUGGGAGGUUCUUUGCUACUGCUGAAAUGAAAUUGUUUGUCUUCUUCAUGCUGAGUCACUAUGAUCUGGAGCUGGUCAAUGCAGGAGAGGAGAUUCCAGCGAUAGACAUCAGUCGCUGGGGAUUUGGGACGAUGCAGCCUGACCAUGAUGUUCGGUUCAGAUACCGGCUACGCUUUUAA